AUUAUCUGAACAUGAAUUGAGACAGUUUUCGCCAAGUAUUCUGCUGGAAAGGACGCAUUUUUCUAAAAGUGGUUUUUGCAUUCAUUACAAGAAAGUGUUGCUGCAGUGAAUAUUUGUGCGAUUACUUAACCUUUAAAGGAUUUUCAGAGAAAAGGACACGUUAAUAAUUUCAAAUCCUGUUCUGAAAAUAUUUCACCAAAAAUGGAUUCUCCCUCAACUUCAAGUGUCGCUCCUUGCUCCCAAAACAAAUGUGGAACCAGUGAAUGUUGCAAGAAUCGCAUGGUAUUUCCCGAGAAACAAUACAAGGAAGUGCAACCCAAAGGCAAUGAAGUCACUGGAAUGACUUGCGAAUGUGGUGUCUUUGGUGCUAUUGCUUGUGGAGAGUGGCCUUCUCAGAUUGAUAUCGCCCAAGUGGUUUGUUUGGGUUUGGUAGCAUUGCAGCAUCGCGGUCAAGAGUCAGCCGGCAUAGUGACAAGUGAUGGCACUUCAUCGAAAAAAAUGAAUGUCCACAAGGGGAUGGGCAUGAUUAACAACCUCUUCAAUGAUGAUGCCAUGAAGACUUUGAAGGGAAAUUUGGGCAUAGGUCACACACGCUACUCCACAUCGGCUGCCUCCGAAAUGGUCAAUUGCCAGCCAUUUGUGGUGCAUACCUCGCAUGGUGCCUUGGCCAUAGCCCACAAUGGUGAAUUGGUCAAUUGCGAGCAGCUCCGCAGAGAGGUCUUGGAACGUGGUGUAGGGCUAUCCACCCACAGUGACAGUGAAUUGAUUGCCCAAUCGCUUUGCUGUGCCCCUGACGAUAUCUCCGAACACGAUGGCCCCAAUUGGCCUGCUCGCAUUCGCCACUUCAUGACAUUGGCCCCCUUGUCCUACUCCUUGGUGGUCAUGCACAAGGACAAAAUCUAUGCUGUGCGUGACUCCUAUGGCAAUCGUCCUUUGUGCAUUGGCAAAAUUGUGCCCAUUAGCUUGGGCGCUGGCAAACCCGAAGAUGCCCAAGCCGAAGGUUGGGUGGUGUCUAGUGAAAGUUGCGGUUUUCUAUCGAUUGGUGCCCGCUAUGUGCGUGAGGUGGAACCUGGCGAGAUUGUGGAACUCACACGCAAUGGCUUCCGUACUGUGGACAUUGUAGAGCGUCCCGACUACAAGCGCAUGUCAUUUUGCAUUUUCGAGUAUGUUUAUUUUGCCCGUGCCGAUUCCAUAUUCGAGGGUCAAAUGGUUUACUCGGCGAGAUUACAGUGUGGCCGCGAAUUGGCCAAGGAGUCGCCGGUGGAUGCUGAUAUUGUGAGUUCGGUGCCGGAAUCGGGCACAGCAGCGGCACAUGGUUAUGCAAGACAGUCUAAUUUACCCUUUGCUGAAGUCCUCUGCAAAAAUCGUUAUGUCGGCCGUACUUUCAUUCAACCUUCCACACGCUUGCGUAAAUUGGGUGUGGCCAAGAAAUUCGGUGCUUUGUCCGAGAACGUAUCGGGCAAGAGGAUUGUAUUGAUCGAUGAUUCGAUAGUGCGUGGUAAUACCAUAGGACCUAUUAUUAAACUGCUGAAAGAUGCCGGAGCCACUGAAGUGCACAUUCGCAUUGCUAGUCCUCCAUUGCAUUUCCCCUGCUAUAUGGGCAUCAAUAUUCCCACAAGAGAAGAAUUGAUAGCCAAUAAAUUGAAUCCUUCCCAAUUGGCGGACUAUGUGGGAGCCGAUAGUUUGUCCUACUUAAGUGUCGAGGGUCUGGUCAAGGCUGUCCAGCACAACAAAACCCAACAGAAUCCCAUAAAGGCCGGCUACUGCACUGCUUGUCUGACUGGUGAAUAUCCUGGUGGCCUACCAGAGGAACUGAGCUGGUAGCUGCCCCCCACUUCCGCUGGUCCUUAGUAGAUUAAGUUUGUUGCCAUUAAGUCUUAAUUUAAUUUCUGCAGACGAUUUAUGUCUUUCCCACUUCAUCAAUGACACUUCCACAAAUGCGUACGAGUGUCAACACUUAUGGGCACCCCUGCCUCUAUCUUAGAGACAGACAAACACACAUUCGGAAAUGUCCUUUUCCUUCAUUCCACCUACUGUUCCCAAUGAAAAUAAACCAAAUUAUUAUGCAUAAUAAAAA